AUGACUUCGACACCUGCUCAGAAGUCGGUCCCGCUCACAUGCUCAGGCCACACACGGCCGGUCGUGCACCUGGAGUUCUCAGAACUCCAAGACGACGGCACCUACUCGCUGCUCUCUUCAUGCAAGGAUGGCAACCCGAUGCUGCGCGACUGGCUCGGCGACUGGGUGGGCACCUUCCUAGGCCACAAGGGUGCCGUGUGGUGCGGCAAGCUCUCCGGUGGCGAUGCGUCGAUUGCCGUGACAGGCUCGGCGGACUUCAGCGCCAAAGUGUGGGACACAUUCACGGGCGACUGCCUACACACGUUCCCGCACAACCACAUUGUGCGCACUGUGGCGAUCAACGCGAGCGGCAGCAAGGUCGUCACCGCAGGGCACGAGAAGAAGCUGCGACUGUUUGACUUGCAGCGUCCGGAUGCCGAGGCUGAGUAUUUCACUGCGGCGGGGAGCGGGUUCGCGCACGAGGGAGUGAUCAAGAGCAGUGUGUGGCACCGCGGUGGGGCCGAGGUGGAGAACAUGAUCGUGUCAGCGGGGGAGGACAAGGCGAUCCGGUGGUGGGACACGCGCACACUCGCCGUGGUGCAGGAGAUGCGGUUCGACGAGCCGAUAACGUCGAUGGAGCGCUCGGCGGGCGUGUUUGGCGAGCUGCUCACUGUGACGAGCGGCAAGGACGUUUACUUUAUCGAUGCCGCCACGCGCACCGUCCGCAAAAAGCACACGCUCAGCGUCCCCGUCAGCUCGGCGAGCUUGCACCCGACGCUGGCAGACCGCUUCGUCGCCGGCUCGAGCGCCGACGGCUGGGUCCGCAUCUACGACUACGACUCGGCGCACGAGCGCGAACUGCACAAGGGCCACCACGGUCCAGCACACGCGGUGAGCUACAGCCCGGACGGAGAGCUCGCCGCCAGUGGCAGCGAGGACGGCACCAUCCGGCUGUGGCAGACGUGGCCAAGCAAGAAGUAUGGCUUGUGGACGUGA